AUGGUCCGGGUGAUGCGGGAGAUGGCGGACUUCAUUGGGGCUGACCCAUGGGACCUAGUGUUCGUGCCCAACGCCACUACCGGGCUCAACGUGGCCAUUCAGGCGGCAGGACUGCGACCCGGCGACACGAUGUACAUGCUCAACAUCGGGUACGGCAGUGUUAAGAAGAUGGCGCAAGCUGCGUCGGCCUCAGCGGCGGGGAAAGGCGCUGGUACGGCAGCUGCUGUCGGCGAAGGCGAGGCGCCCGGUGGCAUUAACGUAGUAUACGGCGAAGUGAAGUUUCCCAUCAGCACCCCGCAGGACAUCGUGGACUUAGUCGCCUCCUCAAUGCCUUCCGACACACGGCUGGCGGUGUUCGACAGCGUCACCUCGAAUACGGCAUUGGUACUGCCUGUACGACAGCUCAUACAGCUAUGCAAGAGCAGGGGGGUGCAGGUGCUCAUUGACGGGGCUCAUGCCGUGGGGCAGCUGCACAUCGACCUACGAAACGGGGGCUGUGUACGGCCGCUGGUGGUUAGCCACGGAUCAGGAAGCGGCUUCACAUCGGACUUCAUUUGGGACGGCUGCCGUGACUACACCCCCUACCUGGCUACAUCCUCCGCUCUAGCGCUGUGGCGGGCGCUGGACCCCGCACGAGUCCGGCGCUACUGCCGGGGGCUGCUGCGGGAGGCGGUAGCUCUGCUGACCAGUCGGUGGGGGGGCCGGCUGCUGGCGCCCUCCCUGGAGAUGUGCGGGUGCAUGGCGCUGGUAGAGCUGCCCGAGGGCCUGGCGGAGUCGGAUCCCGCCACCUCGACGGACGCCAAGUACGUCCAGGACCUGUUGCACCACGUGCACUCCGUGGAGUGUCCCGUCAAGUGUAUCCAGGGCCGCCUCUAUGUACGAAUUUCCGUACACAUUUACAACAUUUUGGAUGAUUACGAACGGCUGGCUGAGGCUGUGGAGCGCAUUGCGGCCUCUCUGGCCGCCGGCACCGUUAUGGAGCCGCAAGCAGGAGGGCUGACUGUAGACGAGACAAAGGCCGCACAAGAAGCAGCCGCCGAGGACGGCCGGAUGCAGUGA